AUGUUCACAAAUGGCAAGGUCCCUUGUAGUUACUACAUGUACAGGCUGGAAAAAUUUGCUCUGCUCUACGAUACGGCCCAAAUAAUUACAUUAUUUGAUGUGAGCAUACCUCACUAUGAGAAAACACAGAAUGAGACUACAAAGGAUAUGAACGGCUUGCGACCGCUUAAUCCAAAUGGUGCCUGCCUGCAUGAGGUGAAAACACAUUCUUCAUGUGUUAACUCCUUGGUUUCUUCAAUAGCCUUCUCGUUGAUUCUCGGUUUCGAUCUCCAGGGGACCCUAAGACUAGUGGCCUGGACUCUACUAUUCGACUUUAUUGGGGUUGCAUGUCUUAUCGCUACGAUAUUAUGGGUCGCUGUCAAUCACUGGAUGCUGAUGUAUCAAGCGGAAGAGAAAAACAACAGUUCACCUCGCCGGACUUACAGCAAGAGGACCCCUGUCUCGCUUGAGGACCAGGAGCCACUGAAGGUUGAAUGGGCCUACGCACUUGAUGUACAUAUAAACGCCUACCUGCCUGCAUUUACCACCAUCCAUAUCUUCCAACUUCCUUUCGUGUACCAUGUCAUUUAUCGGGACUGGCUUGCCUUUCUCAUAAUCGGGAACACAUUCUGGCUGGUAUCCUGUCUGUACUACCUCUACAUAGUCUUUCUUGGUUUUAACAGUAAGUCACUUUAA